AUGAAUGCUUACUCUGGAGUGAGCUGGUGGCAGCUAGCAGUGGUCGUUCUGGUCGCUUUGCCAAACUCUUGUGUCACUGAUGGGAUCUGUUCCGAGGAUCUGGGUAGCCCUCAGCUUAGAGGGCUCUCAGGGACGCUGUGUCACGAUCGCGUCUGCCAAGGGCAAGUGGGUGCUGAGGAAAGGGUGAUAAAGGGAGCAAACAGUGGUCCAGAUGUCAUCUGCCAUGAUUUGACUAGUUUGGGUGAACAGUCCAAGAUAGAUGCUAAAGAGUGCAAUGGCAUCAAGGCUCCGAUCGACACAAGCAAGCCAAACCCCAACGAGGUGGAGUUCGACAACCUCUAUUUGGACAUGAAUGGUAUCAUUCACCCUUGCACGCAUCCAGAAGACAAGCCAGCGCCCAAAAAUGAAGAUGAAAUGAUGGUUGCGAUUUUUGAGUACAUUGACAGGAUCUUCAACAUUGUAAGACCAAGGCGACUCCUUUACAUGGCCAUAGAUGGAGUAGCUCCACGUGCCAAAAUGAAUCAACAGCGGUCAAGAAGAUUCAGAGCAUCAAAGGAGGGCAUGGAAGCUGCUGAAGAGAAGCAAAAAAUACGACAAGAAAUUCUGGCAAAAGGUGGCAUUCUUCCUCCAGAAGAAGUGAAAGAGAGAUUUGACAGCAAUUGUAUUACCCCGGGAACUGAGUUUAUGGACAAUCUUGCUAAAUGUCUCCGUUAUUACAUUGCUGACCGUUUGAACAGCGACCCAGGGUGGAAAAAUUUGACAGUUAUUUUGUCCGAUGCUAGUGCUCCUGGGGAAGGUGAACAUAAAAUCAUGGAUUACAUUAGAAGACAAAGAGCUCAACCAAACCAUGACCCAAACACUCAUCAUUGUCUGUGUGGGGCUGACGCUGAUCUGAUUAUGCUUGGGCUAGCUACACACGAACCAAACUUCACUAUAAUUAGGGAAGAGUUUAAACCAAAUAAACCCAAGCCAUGUGCUCUUUGUAACCAGAUGGGUCAUGAGGUUAAGGAUUGCCAAGGUUUGCCCAGAGAAAAACAAGGCAAGCACGAUCAGUUUGCAGACAGUCUUCCUGUUGCUGAACAAGAGUUUAUCUUCAUCCGAUUAUGUGUUUUGCGAGAGUAUUUGGAAAGGGAACUCACUAUGGCCAGUUUGCCUUUCACGUUUGAUUUUGAAAGAAGUGUUGAUGACUGGGUCUUUAUGUGCUUCUUUGUGGGAAAUGACUUCCUUCCUCAUCUGCCAUCUUUGGAGAUCAGGGAGGGAGCAAUUGAUCGCUUGGUUAACAUAUACAAAAACGUUGUGCACAAAACUGGGGGGUACCUCACAGAAAGUGGGUUUGUCAACCUACAGCGAGUCCAGAUGAUCAUGUUAGCGGUUGGAGAAGUUGAAGAUAGUAUUUUCAAAAAGAGAAAAGAUGACGAUGAUAACUUUAAAAGACGGCAAAAAGAAAAAAGAAAAAGAAUGAAGAGGGAUCAGCCUUCCUUUAUUCCUGGUGGACAGUUUUCUCCUCAAGCUCUGGGAAGUCGAUCUAGCCCUCAGGCAAUCAGUAACCCUAGACAAGCUGCCUUUGAGAUGAGGAUGCACGACCGCCAGAACUCUACAACUUCAUCAUCUCCAAAUACCAGCCUCACUUCUGAUGGCAGCCCAUCCCUGGCAGGAGGAAUUAAGCGAAAAGCUGAAGAUAGUGACAGUGAACCUGAGCCAGAGGAUAAUAUCAGGUUGUGGGAAACUGGUUGGAAGCAACGGUACUAUAAAAACAAAUUUGAUGUUGAUGCAUCUGAUGAGAAAUUCCGUCGUAAAGUUGUACAGUCCUAUGUGGAAGGGCUUUGCUGGGUGCUCAGAUACUAUUAUCAGGGCUGCGCGUCCUGGAACUGGUAUUACCCUUUUCACUACGCUCCGUUUGCUUCUGACUUUGAGGGCAUUGCAGACAUGCCUUCAGAUUUUGAGAAAGGCUCGAAACCGUUCAAGCCUCUCGAACAACUUAUGGGAGUGUUUCCAGCCGCGAGUGGAAAUUUCCUGCCACCAUCGUGGAGGAAGCUGAUGACAGAUCCGGAAUCAAGUAUAAUUGACUUCUACCCAGAAGAUUUUGCCAUUGAUUUGAAUGGGAAGAAAUAUGCUUGGCAAGGUGUUGCAUUAUUGCCAUUUGUUGAUGAGCGACGUCUUCGAGCUGCCCUAGAAGAAGUCUACCCUGACCUCACUCCUGAAGAAAGCAGAAGAAACAGCCUUGGUGGUGAUGUUCUCUUUGUUGGAAAACACCAUCCACUUUGUGACUUUAUUGUAGAGCAGUACAAGACCAAAAAUACAGAGCCAGUGGAUAUGCCCCCAGAGCUGUGCCAUGGAAUCCAGGGAAAGCUUACACUGAAUGAAAAUGCUGUCCUUCCAGAUCAGACGGUGGAGUCUCCUGUUCCAAUGCUGCGUGAUCUUGCACAAAACUCUGCAGUCAGUAUCUCUUUCAAAGAUCCACAAUUCGAUGAAGACUUUGUUUUCAAGGCAAUAGUGUUACCUGGUGCAAAGAAACCUGCUCCAGUUCUGAAACCGGGAGACUGGGAAAAAACCAACAAUGACGGCAGGCCUUGGAGACCACAGCUUGGUUUUAACCGAGACAGAAAACCAGUGCAUUUGGACCAGUCAGCAUUCAGAACCUUAGGGUAAGACUGUCAGCACUGGAUGCCAGGAAUGUAUGCCAACGCGGUACCUCUUGGAACUUACGGGAGCCCCUACGCCAGACCGCUUCUGAGUGGGCAGCAGCAGAUUCCUAAAUUGUUGUCAAAUCUCAGACCCCAGGAGUCUUGGCGAGGUCCUACGCCCUUGUUUCAGCAGGCACCGCAGAGAACCGCUGGGGCUGCUCCUCUCCUUGCCUGGAACCGCAUGCUGCAAUCCCAAAACCAGUACCCGCCGGGUCAGUACCAGGGGCUGGGCGGCCCGAUGAGUUACCCGCAGAGACCCGAGGAUCGGAUGGACAGGGGAAGACAGCGAGGCUUCCCUCGCAAAGGAAAGGAAGCCCCUCUGCCCCUCCCCACCAAAAAAACCUCUAUAUGGAGUUAA